GGGCUAAGGAGGGAGCGCGCCCGGGCAGGGGCGGGGCGCUUGGCUCUGGAUCGCAGGUGCAGCUCACUCCACCCCUACUGGAGAGUAAAAGAGAUCAGCCCCUACCAGAAGAAAAGACGCCCUUCCACCCAUCCCCAUCAGUUCCAGUUCCCAGGAAUAGCCCAUAGCACCAGAGGCAGGUGGGCCACAGGGACUGUGGGCUCCCAAAGAGCCAGGCUUAUGUUCUUCUUGCACCCCCAACAGAGCACACUGAGCUGGGGGCUGCGAUGCUGAAGGCAGCUGUCCACAUCACUUGCUCUCUGCGCGGGCAGGUCAGCUCCAGAGGAAUUCAUCUGGGGCAGGCCCAACUCGGCCCACUGAAUUAGCCUCCACGAUCCCCGGGCCUCCCCGGCGCCAGGGGGCGCUGUCAACGUUCCGUCCCGGCCCCUGCGGCCGCAGUCGUCGGCCCCAUCCGCGCGAUGGGCUCUGAGGCGGCGCAGCUGCUGGAGGCUGCCGACUUCGCGGCUCGCAAGCACCGGCAGCAGCGGCGGAAGGACCCCGAAGGGACCCCCUACAUCAACCACCCCAUCGGUGUGGCACGGAUCCUGACCCACGAGGCGGGAAUCACUGACAUUGUGGUGUUACAGGCGGCCCUGCUCCAUGACACGGUGGAGGACACAGACACCACCCUGGAUGAGGUGGAGCUACACUUUGGGGCACAAGUGCGGCGCCUGGUGGAGGAGGUAACAGAUGACAAGACUCUGCCCAAGCUGGAGAGAAAGAGGCUGCAGGUGGAGCAAGCGCCCCACAGUAGCCCCGGGGCCAAACUGGUGAAGCUGGCAGACAAGCUGUACAAUCUGAGGGACCUGAAUCGCUGCACCCCAGAGGGAUGGUCAGAACAUCGAGUCCAGGAAUACUUCGAGUGGGCAGCGCAGGUGGUGAAGGGGCUUCAGGGAACAAACCGGCAACUGGAAGAGGCUCUAAAGCAUCUGUUCAAGGAGCGGGGGCUGACACUCUGAUCAGUGCUUGAAGCUAUCCAGAGGCACAACUCCAGCCUCGUUCAGGCCGGACAGGAUUCAUACGCCAUCUUUUCUGUGUCUCCUGAGCUCCCUCCAUCCUUCCCAGAUAUUAGAGGCCAAAAAAAGACUUGCAUUUUUUCUCAAUCUGAAGGUCUCCUGCUAAGCUGAGCCCCGCGUGGUGGGAAUCAGAUGUACCCAUCCAUUUCUGAUGCACUCACCGCGUCUCCCCAAGUCUUGGGUCUGUUUGCUAUUUUGCAUGGUGGGAUCUCUGGCCCCUCAGGGACUUGAGAUUAUAUAAGUACUAGUUCCUAACACGUUCUGGAAAAUAAAAAUAACUCUGGGUUAAGGUUUAA